CGAGUAGCUCAAAAAGUUAAGCCAGCGGAAGAAGAGAUCGCGAAAAAAAUCAAAGAAAGAAAGAGAAUGGAGCCGCAACGCCUAACGGAAGAGAGGAUAGCAGGGAUGGACAUCGGAGAUGAGAAUUUGACCCCACAGGAGCGAGAACGUGUGAUAGAAAUCCUGAAGACAUGUGAUAAGGCCAUAGCUCUUAGUGACGAGGAGCGCGGUAGGGUUGACCCUCGAUACGCUAAGCCAACAAGGAUUUACACGAUACCACAUGUUCCUUGGAAUGACGUGGGAUGGAAAUACGUCCAGAAAGAGAAGGAAGAAGUUAUCGCUUUCCUGAAAGAAAAGAUGGUUUCCCAUGUUGCGGAGCCGUCUGAUAGCGCUUAUGCUAAUCGAUGGUUCUUCCUACGAAAGCCGAAUGGCAAGAUCCGAUGGAUCCAGGACCUUCAGAAGGUCAACGCGGUGACGAUACGAGACGUGGGCUCCGUGCCACACGCCGAUUUACUGGCAGAAGACGCCGCAGGUAGGUCGAUUUAUUCGGUCUGUGAUCUGUUCUUAGGCUAUGAUGAGGUGCCACUUGACCCUAGAGACAGGCACCUCAUGGCUAUGCAUACGCCAUUGAGACUAAUACAGAUGAUGGUUGUCCCUAUGGGUUGGACUAAUGGGGUAGCCGUUUUUCAGAGAGCCAUGGUAGCCGUCCUCAAGGACUUCAUCCCUGAUAAGGUUGAAGUUUUUCUGGAUGACUUUCCUAUAAAAGGGUCAGUAAACAAGGAUGAGGCAGAGGUUGCACCUGGAGUUAGAAGAUUCGUCGAGCAGCACCUAACGGAUAUUUGCGCGGUACUCGAGCAGCUGGACGAUGCGAAUCUAACAGUCAUCGGAACAAAGAGCCGAUGGGUCGUCUCGACUAUUAAGAUCUUGGGCUUUAUCUGUGACUCGAGGGGACGCCGAGAAGAUCCGGCGAAGUGAGAUAAACUCCUCAACUGACCGUCACCAUUACAUAGUCCAACCGAG